GCUAAAUGGCCACGUGCACACGGUAAUGGUGACAACACAUCCACGGCUCAUCGCCCCGCGCCGGGUCAAUUAGCGUACAUAUUUUACUGCGGGCUGCUCGAGCGCCGGAACACUAUCCAAGGGGACGCUCGCUGCCGGGGGGCGCGCCCACGGGGAGGGCGUCGCGUCUGCGACGCGAUUCGAUUCUAUUCUCGUCGUAUCCUACGCAAGAGCACAGUGACCACGGCUGACGAGCUAGGUCGCGGAUAGCACAAUGUUUGCUUCAUCUUCCGCAUCAGGCUCGGCCUCCAGCCCCGCUUCCUCAUCGGCCUCGCCGGCUGUUGAGCAAAACGGCAACCAGGCUCAAGUCAAGAUGGUAGCCGGGGCCAAGCGGCCGAGGAAGCAGAGGCAGGCUAUUUCUUGCACAGAAUGCAGGCAGAGGAAACUAAAAUGCGACCGCAAAGUACCCGGCUGCUCGGCAUGCAUCAAGCGCAAGCUCCCACCAGGCCGAUGCAAAUUUGGCGACGAGCGCGAUUUCGAGUCACCCGAACAGCGCGAUGCCAGGCUGGCACGGAUGGCCGCCGCGUCCUCCAAGCGCGCAAAGAAGCGACAGGCAGCCGCAGCGGCCAAGGCGGCUGCCGCGGGCGAAUCUUCAGGGCAGGGAGACGUGUCUGGGUGGCAACAGCAUCAGCAUUUACAGCAAAAGAUUGGCGGCCGGUCAGAAGGGAGCGAUGAUGAGCAGAGUAGCGACGAAGAUGCUAGCGACGAAGAUGACGAGGAGGAGGAAGGGGAUGGAGACUUGCUCUCCGCUUUCGCACCGCCGCGCAAGCGCGUCGAAAGCUCCGGCGUUGGCGCUGGAACUGGUGCAGGAGACUUCUACAGCACACCGGGUCAGCCUCGCUCCUCAUUCUCUUCCCAGAAUAGCCACGUGGGCAGUCCACUCCCCGGAGAGUCACGGACCCCUUCCUUGACGCCGAAUACAUCCAUGCCACAUUUUUCUUGCGCUGCCGGUGGCAAUGGGGGCCCUGCACUAUCGGGUCCCCUGCCGGCUGCAGGCGUGCCUAUCCUCAGCAGCGUGGGCGGUGUGCCGAAUCUCGAGGCGCUGCGCUCAGCCGCCGCCGUCGCUGCGCAAGCGGCAGUAGCAGCGGGUGCGGGAGGGAUACCAAUAGGAGGAAGCAACGCAGCAGGCGGGGCAGGCCUAGGCGUCGUACCCACUGCCGCAGCAACCACAUCCGCCUCUACUCAAGCCGUUUCUGCGUCCGCUGCAACAACAGCAGCGGCCAUCGCAGCAGCAGCAUUCCCGUCGCUCUCCGCGGCGCAACACGCGCAGAUCGCAGCGCAAGCGUGCAGCAAUGCGUUCGCCGCGCAUGCGCAGGCGCAGGCGCAGCAUAUUGCCAAAUCUAACAGCGCCCACAGCAUCGCUGCGCUCGUCGCCGCCAUGUCAUCGAGUCGCAAUGGGGUUGCUCCUGCUGGCGCGCUAUCUUGUCCCUCUUCAGGGCACGCAUCACCCUUGCUCGCCGGCACAGCCACCCAAGGUGGGCCUUCUUUACCCGCUGCUGUGGGAGCUCCCAGAGCACUCGGCGCUACCAUGUCCUCGCUGAGGCGGACCGCGCCAGAAGACGUCACGCUCAUACCUGCGCUGGAGUUCGCCCAGGCGCACGAGGUUUCCAGAACCGCUGCCCUCAAGCGCGCACUGUCCCCUGGAAGAUCGGCACGCUCUGCAUCAAGGCCCGGAUCAGGGUUAGCGCAAGGAUCAAUAACAGCUUCUGCUUCUUCCACAUCGUCCACGUCUGCUUCUGCUGUUUCGGCACCCACGAGCAUGCAGCGCAAAGGCCAUAGCCACACACCCUCAUCGCGCACGCAUCCGGAGGAGACGGAUGACCUGAUGGACACGCUGUCCAGCACCGAUACCACAAAUGCUGCGCUCGGCCUGCAGCGGCUCUACGAGAGCGCAGAGACGCUCAGCAUGCUUGCUGGUGGGUGCAGCGCUGGUGCGGGCUCAGGAGCUGCUGUGGGUAGUCCAGCAGGAGCGCAAGCACCAGGCUCGACGACAGGCGUUGCUGCAGAGCAGGAACGCAGCGCCAGCAACAGCAGUGUUGGCAGCGCAGUCAAAGCCGAGCUGACUAGGCAAGCUGCACUUGGCAGCGCUGUUGAAGCUAAGGAAAAUGCCGCUAAUGGCAGGGUUGUAUUUGGCGACAGCGGGGCUGCGAUCGAAACAGGUGGGACAAUAGGGACAGCAGCGGGCCCCUGCCCCGUUGUCGACACAGCGAGUAAGGUAGGGGCCGGUGCAUCUGAAGCGUCUCCUUCCCCUUCUGCUGGAUUGGGAAGGCACGGAUCUCCGUUGGAUCACGCCAGCAACGUCAAGGUGGAGCCGAGUGGUCGCGGUCUCGGUGGGAUGGGCAGAACCACAAUGUCACCAGCCCCGCCGCUUGGUUCAUCCCCGCGCCACCUGGGCGGUAGUGGCAGCGGUAGCGGUAGCCGUACCAUCAACAACUCUUCCCUCGCUGCCAUCAGCGCCGAGUUGAUUUUCCGCGACAGCAUGCUCGAGGCGAGUGCUAAAUCACGCGCACUGGCGCUGUUGCCGGGAAAGCACGAGACUGUGCAUCUGAUGCAGUGCUAUCUGGAGGAACUAGGCGUUGUCAUCCCGUUCGUCCGUCCGGAUUUCGUCAUGAAGGAACUCGAGCUGCUUUAUGACAGCCUGGAAACCAAGACAGGUAGUAAACCUGGCUCGGUCAGCAGCAUCGCCGGCACACCCAUAUUGGCGCCCACGAAGACUAAGAACGAGCAACACCCUCAGCAACAGCAGAGCGCCGCUGCAGUCGUCAACCCUGUCGUCGGGACCGGACCUGGAGCAGGCCUACCGCAUCCACGCCUGACGUUCCUCGCAUAUGUCCUUUUUGCGCUCGGCUCCAUUGCCGAGCUGCUUCCUUCGAGCUAUCUGAUCAGUCACAACAUCAUUCGGAGCUCAGACCAAGUGUCACAGAUGCUGCACGACUGGCAAGAGGCUGCUAUCGGCUGCAUUGACGCAGCAGAGCUCGCUGCAAAUCCUAGCUUAGAAGGUGUGCAGGCUACGCUUGUUGCUGUCAUUGCGCUCGCACACCGGUUCCGGCAUAAGGACUUGCUGCGCCUGCUCGACAGCUCUACGAGGGCUGCGCGCCGGCUCGGGCUCGACCGCCUCGGCUCGGCAGACUCUUCAAUCUCGCCCGGCCCGAGCCCGGAUCUACAAAUUGACCCUGCGAAGCGGACGCUACAGCACUGGUGGAUCGAUCCGGAGAUUGAGAUGUCUUCCGCGAAUCUGGAGAUUGGAAGAGCCGUCUGGAGUGGUAUAUUGAUGGCGGAUUGGAACCAUUGCGGGCUCAAUGGCAGCUACAAUAUCGAUCCGCACAGUUAUACUUCACGUCCGCCGAUGGCCCCAGCCCGACCCGAAUUCAUCAGGGUCGGUUUCCCUUCCCCCCAUGAUGCAUGGUUGGCUCUGUUGGAGACCGCAGAGAUCGCGCGCAGAUGGCUGGAUCUGACGAAGACGCACAAAAUGCUCGGAACAUCUGUCGACUAUUCCGCCGUGCUCGCGCUUGACGAUGAACUCUCUGCUAUUCUCACGCGGCGCAGCUGGACGGAAAAGGAUGCUGAUCUGACCUUUGGCCAGCCGCAAGUUGCCGAGUCGGACGACAUCAAGAGGCUGAGGCGACAGGCGUCGCUCAUCCGAUCCUCCGUCUACCAUCGUACGCUCAAGUUGCAUUGCACAUUCAUGUCGCUCGGUUACCGCAAUCCGGGCGAGUACGGUCCGUCGGUUCGCAGAUCUUUGGAGAGCGCCAACGCCCUCGUGGAAGAGGCAAGGACGAUAAGUCAGCGCGGUUGGCUGUCAUCAAGAGAUCGAAUCCAAAAGUACUAUCUCUUCCAAGCCUGCUUGACCAUGAUCACGGACUUGUGGUAUCGUCCACGCGCACUCUAUCCUGCUAACAGUCUGAGCGGAGGCGGUGAGCUCUUCGCCGGCGCCGGUAUAACAGACGACAAAGCGCCAGCGAGUGAUAGUGAAACGCGCCAGAUGCAAGAGAACCUCAUCUUUAUCAUAGACAGGCUCAAGGACGAAGGCCAGGUGACGGAGGGGUCCGUGCUGCAUGGAGCCAGCGCGAAUCUCGAGCGACUCCUUGCCGCGACUGUGCAGAGGGCUUCGUCACAACCUACGGCAGCGGGCGCAGUCGGACUCUCGCUCAGUAGGCGCAACUCCGAGUACGGCAUCCCAUCUAGUAAAGCUGCAAGUUCCGACGGCGGAGCAGCUACAGAUUCCGUGCUGCCGUCUUCAGCUGCACUGCUACCGUCUGCCUCGGACGGGGAUGGCAUGGUCGAGCUGUUAGAUGCGCACCUUUCCAGGCUGUCCGACAUGACUCCGCAGAACUCGCUGAUGCAUCUGGAUACCAGCAACGGGUUUGCGGAUGGAUUCGGAGGCAGUGUCUCGAACGCAGACUUUGCGGGUUUCAUGAGCGCCGGUAGCAGCAGCCAAUCUCACGAUCUCGGCUCGUUCAUUUCCACGGGCCUUGACUGGGACCAGGCGUGGACGGACUUAUUUGAGACCUUGGAAGGCGACGCGACCGAGCUCGUGGUAUAAUGUUCCGCAUGCAAACUUGCUCUUUGGAGAGUGUAUAAUCUGCCUGCUCUGCCAUCGGGAGAGCAUGGAUCGCAUCUGUUGUACGUGUAACAACUAAUUCUAUGUAAAGCUGCCGC